AUGUCUGCUCAGGCCCGUAGCUUGGAGCUCCAGUCCAUCCGUCGGCCGGGCAGCGUGCCGCGGGACCCGAAUAGCACCGUGUACUCGCGCGAGGUCACAGACGCUCCGGACUCUGGCGCAUCCAGCUACGACCAUGCGGAGGACGCGACGCGGCCGCGCAUUGAGAAAGUCAAGUCCGACCAUCGAUACUUGUUAUUCUCCGAUCUCGAGUCGUCUGCUUGGUCAUCGGACGACUGGUUCACGGAGGACUUCCUCAAUAAACGAGGAACUAGGUGA